AUGAAUACCUCCCGUAUAUACAAACAACAUCAACAAAUUGAUAUUAUUGCCGCAAGAAGGGCGAAUGAUCAGCGACUUGCGUCGUGUUUAGAAUCGAUAUAUCAAAAAUACGGGAAAGACUUUGACGGUGUCGGCGACGAAAUUGAUCUUAUAAACCGACAGCUUGUCAUUGACAAUGGCCAUCUCGAGAGUCUUGAAAGUCACGAAGAAAUUGGUGGAGAAUCAAAUGUGAAUAAUGCACGUGAAAAAAGUUACAUUCAACAAACAUCUACAGUCCAUGCUUCACUCAAGCCUCAUUCCAGAUCGCAUUCUGGCUCCGACUCAGAUGAUCCUUUACAAGUGAUUCAUUCAGAAGUGCGCAUUUUACCCCUCACUUCAGCUCUUCGUGCAAAAGUUCCAAAGAAGAACAACAGUGACCCUCAAGCUUCCCCAAUAGAGAGACCUUUGAGCCAACAGGUGAUUCUGUCUGACAGCUAUGAUAUGAAUUUUUUUUUUCAGCAGCCUUCACUGCCUCAUGCUUCAAAUCACCCCCAGGAAACAAUGGAAAGGCCUUUUGAACUAGGGCUUAUGAAAUCAAUACCUCAGUUCAUAACCGAUCGAUUGACACAAUAUGAGUGUGAACGGCAACUUACUCCAACAGAAAUGAAUUAUUUGGUCGAUUUAAGAAUGAACAGGAAAAUGCCUUGGCAUGGGAUAUCUUCCGCAAUGAAGCAACGGAGCCCGACACAGCUUAAGUAUUGGUAUUACAAGCAUCGUAUGAAUGACGGAAGAGACCGAAUAUUCAGCUCGAAAGACCCUAGAUCCCCAGCCACCCGACAGUGUUUUCCAGCCUUGAAAACAAAAAUCGGGGACAAAUGGUUAAAACGCUCCUGGCUGAAGGGGCUAGGUUCCAGAAACAUUCCCUUCUAUCGUUCCUCUCCCCCUUUACCAGUAGCGUCACCCACAAGUUUAGGUCGCUCAAGAAACAUCUUCCAGCCCUCUCAUUCCGGUUUUAUUCAAAAUCAAAAGAAGAGCCGCCUGAGAGUGAGAUCCGAAAGCCCUGACCCAUUAAGUGACGUGUUCAAAUGCAUGUAG